AUGACAUCGAUUGAAUUAAGUUCUAUUCCUGAAUCUUUGAAGCUGGAUAAGUCUGUGACACCCUACAUUACUAGGUCACUCGAAUUGCAAGAACUCAAUCCUGUGGUGAGUUAUUAUUGUAAGAUAUAUGUACUUGAGCAUAUCCUUGCAAACAAGCUUCAUACGAAAUCAAAAGAAAAUGAACAGUUUGCUGUCCUGCUACUUGACAAUACAGAAAAGAUACAUAGCAAUGAAGAUGAUGAAGGCUUGCACAAAGUUUUGAAGGACAAGAAUUUGUCAACUGGCAUUGUCAUGUCAUUUAGUUAUAAAUUGUUUAAUUCUUGUUUAGAAGAGCUAGGGAAUUUUAAGAGAACCAGAAAGCUAGAGUUGGUUCAGAAAAUCAGAGCCACGAUAAAUUUCUUAAGCUUGCUAGGCAUAUUCGCCAAUGAAGAAAGCGGAGUAGAUUUUAAGAAAUUAACUGGAGAUAAAGCUGAAACUCCCAAUCAAUUUGAUGAUCUAAAUAAGAACAAAAUCAAAAUAUUGAAAUUUCAGCUAUCAAAGCUAAUCAAAGACGAAAUUCCAGAAAAGAAUGACGACGAAGAGUUGGAGAAGGAGUUGAAUCAAGAGUUGGAAAAUCUUACACCAUCUUCUAGUCCCGGGGAGGACUUAGAAGAUGAUUUGGAAGAGGACUCAAAAGAGCACUUGGACACACCAGAGGAAAAAGACCACCAAAGGAGAGAAGCCUCUUCCGAGGCUGGAGUAAAACUUCCACAGGCACCUCAUUUUUUGCCUGAAGAUGACGAUGAAGAGGUCAAGUUACCGGGAGCCCCCAAGUUUUUGCCUGACGAUGACCCUACCAAGAUAAACAAGACCUCUUCUAUACAUGUCUUCACCCCAGAAACAGACCACGAAUCAGAGCACCUCCCAAACGGGGCCCCAGAGCCUACACCUGCCCCAGAAAAGGGUAAGCGUGCCCUAUCGCACGCACCAAUGUCUCACUCUUCUGCUCCUCCUAUAAACAAAGAAAACGUUAAUUCAAUGAUGGAGAAAGGAGACCAGAUAGCAAAGGUCCAGAAGCAUGCCAAGUUCGCUAUUUCAGCUCUAAACUAUGAAGACUUGGAAACUGCUGAAACAGAACUUUUGCAAGGUUUAGAACUAUUGAAACUCAUCAAAGAAAACUGA